AUGGAAUCUGAUAAAGAAUCUCAAAAGCCUGCCUUACCCAAGGACAUCUUCAAAAAUGCAUUCACAUGGAUGUUUUAUGAAAUCUCCAAACAUCGCUUCCCCAGGGUGGUUUCAUAUGUAUACUUGGUAAUUGUAUUGGUAGAAUUUUGCUGGAAUUUUGCUGAUAAAAAUCUGCCUUUGGGUAUCGCACUUGCUGUUGGCCUCUCUGGACUUUUAUUUGGACUGAUCCCUGCAUGGUUCCAGUACGUGAAAGAGCACCCCAAUACAAAAAAGUUAGUUCAGCAAGUGUUGGAAUCAAAUCCCGGCGUUGAUACCAGGAAAUGGAACGAAAUUGCGAAUAUACUGAACCCUUUCUUUUACCGAGAAAACAUCUGGAGAACACCAUACUUUUUUUUUAAUGGUCGACAUGUUCAACGUGUGUUCAAGUAUAAUGUUUUAAAGCCAUAUCUCGAAGGGCAAUUUGAAGGUGUUGCUGACGCGGACAAGAUUCAAUCAGCAAGGUGUUAUUUGCAAUCACUAAAUGAGAAGUUUGAACUAUUAUUGAAGAACAAUUUGCCAGAACCCGUUUUAAAUUCCAAACUACCCAGAGACACGCACAGAAAUAAACUCUUCUUUUACCCACAAUAUUUACUCUUUGGAUUCUUUUUUUGUUGUUGUCAAGCGCUAAUUUGUUAA